AUGAGAGUCACAUCCGGCUUAAAAGACUCCCUCCGUACAUCACUCCACCACGUAAGCCAAUUCCCCGACCUCUCCCAGCGCUUUGACAUCUUCAAGCAAGAACUAGCUACUUUAGGCGAAAGGCUCUCUUCCUAUGGUAACAGCGCCCCAAGAAACACAAAGCUCUUUCGAGAUAUAUGGGCACUGAGAGAUACUGUCCUGGGACACCGCAGGGCUAUGAAAAGCAUCAUAAUCGAGAUGAACAGCGUUUACCAUCGUAUCAACAAAAGUGGAUAUGUUGCUGUAGCGCAGCCUAUACUUACCAUGCGUAAUGGUGAAUUACUUCACAGUCGCACCCCUGAGCUAGAGGCUUUGAUGCUUGUUACGGGGUUUGAUGCGCAGUGGAGACGGGUGAAUGGUAUGUGGAAUGAAGCUAUGGGCUUUUCGGAAGAAGUUGAUUAUCUUGGAAACUGCUGCGCUUAG